AGAAUUUAGUAAUACAAACUUCUCUAGUAUCGCUCAGUUACUCCUUGUACAAAGAAAGAAUCAACGGUACUCUUCCGCGAACGGCAAUGGAGAAGAGUCUCCAACGAUGUGUUCUCCUCGUGACCUUGACUCUCUUCUGCUUCUCCAUUCCAGUUUCACUUUCUGUUCCAUUCGUUGUGUUUCACGGGUUUUUAGGUGCAUGCUCCGACAACAAAGUGAGCAACUUAACAAAGUCCCUUCGCAACCUCUCCGGCUACCCUGGAUCUUGCGUGGAAAUAGGAAAUGGACAGGUAGAUUCCUUAUUAAUGCCUCUUAGGCAACAAGCGAGUAUAGCUUGUGAGAAAAUCAGACAGAUGCCAGAGCUGAGUGAAGGUUACAACAUUGUUGCAGAGUCUCAAGGAAACAUGGUCGCUAGAGGCCUAAUCGAGUUCUGCGACAAUGCUCCUCCAGUCUUCAACUAUGUAUCUUUAGGAGGUCCUCACGCUGGCGUGGCUGUAGUCCCCAACUGUACUGAAUCAUUUUGCUCGGUCCUCAAGGCACUGUUUCCAUUUGUCUACAACGACCUCGUUCAAGAUCAUGCUGGUCCAAGUGGUUUUGUCAAAGUCCCUACUAAAAUAACAGAGUAUUUGGAACACUCCAAGUAUUUGCCAAAGCUCAACAACGAGAGACCUGCCGAGAAGAACUCUACUUUUAAAGAACGUUUCACUAGCUUGAAAAACUUGGUUCUCAUCAUGUUCCAAAAGGAUACAGUGUUGAUUCCAAGAGAAACUUCUUGGUUUGGAUAUUACCCGGAUGGAGCUUUCUCGCCUGUUUUGCCUCAUCAAAAGACAAAGCUAUACACUGAAGACUGGAUUGGUCUGAAAACUUUGGAUGAUGCUGGAAAAGUGAAGUUUCUUAGUGUCCCUGGCGGACACAUCGAAAUAACGGAAGAAGAGCUUUUAAAAUACGUUGUGCCUUACCUCCAGAACGACUCUACGUUAUCUUCUGACCACGAGGCAAUGUAGACAUUUCCAUCUUGAACACAUGAAUAAAAAAGGCCUCAUCUAUCCUAAAAUAAGGUCUCUAUAUCAAUGUAAAACAUCAUCAUCUAUAUGUAUUAUUCAAAUAAAAAAUAAAUGCG